AGGGACAGUUUUGAGGCGCGGGAGCAGACUUGGGGUCCGAUGCGUGCGUUCGCCGUCGCGGUCAGGCGCGCCAGCGAGAGGAGCGGAAGUCCCUGGGACUUCACGUCAGCCCUGGGAGCCCGGGGGACUGGGCCUCAAUGGCUGUGUGACGGGCGAGCCCACGCGCCGCUGCGAGCCCGCUGGAGGCCCCGGCGCAGACAUGGAUUCUGUGACCUUUGAAGAUGUGGCUGUAAGCUUCACUGUGGAUGAGUGGGCUUUACUAGAUCCUUCCCAAAAGAAACUGCACAGAGAUGUUAUGGAGGAAACCUUCAGAAACCUGACUGCUAUAGGAAGAACACCAGAAGAGCAGCACAUAGACAAUGACCACAGAUAUUCUAGAAGAAAUCAAAGAAAUGCAGUUGUGGAAAGACUGUUGGAACAUAACAAAGGAAAUGAAUGUGAAGAAAUCUUCAGACAGAUUCCAAAUACCUUUUUGAACAGGAAAAUGUCUCAUAGAACAAUGAUUUGUGAAAGCCAUGUGUAUAAAGACAACGUGCUCAUCAGUCAUUCGUCUCUUAAUGUGUCCGUGCCUCUUCAGACUACAAAAAAACCUCAUCAAUAUGAGCUAUGUGGAGAGAGCCUUUAUAAGAUUGGGGAAUGUGAGAAAGCCUUCAUUUAUCCAGAAUGCUUUCUGAAGCAUGAAGACACUGAUACUAGACAGAGAUCCUAUGACUUUAACCAGUGUGAGAAAAUCUUCAAAAGCAAUGGUUACAUUCAAAUACAUGUGAAUAAUGAAACUAGAGAGGAAAUAUGUAUGGAUAAGCAGCAUUAUAAUUCUUUUACUUAUCCUGAUUUUCUUCAGUAUGUUGAAAAGAUCCACACUGGAAAGAAACCCUAUGUAUGUAAACAAUGUGGGAAAACCUUUUCUUUUUUGAGUAACAUUAGAAGACAUGAACGAACUCACAGUGGAGAGAAACCAUACAAAUGUAAUAAGUGUGAUAAAACUUUCACUUGUUUGACUAACUUUCAAGAACAUGAAAGAACUCACACUGGAGAGAAACCCUAUUUGUGUACACAAUGUGGGAAAUCUUUUUCUUUUCUGAGUAACAUUCGAAGACAUGAACGUACUCAUACUGGGGAGAAACCAUACAGGUGUAAUCUAUGUGGUAAGGCUUUCAGUUAUUUGACUAACUUUCAAGACCAUGAAAGAACUCACACUGGAGAAAAACCAUAUGUGUGUACACAAUGUGGAAAAGCUUUCACUUACUACUAUUCCUUUCAAACACAUAAACGAUGUCACACUGGAGAGAAACCCUAUGUCUGUAAGCAGUGUGGGAAAGCCUUCAGUUAUUACAAUUCCAUUCAAACACAUAAACGAUGUCACACUGGAGAAAAGCCCUAUGUAUGUAAGCUGUGUGAUAAAGCCUUUACUACUCUCAGUUCUCUUCGUUAUCAUGAGAGGAUUCACAGUGGUGAGAAACCCCAUGUAUGUUUGCAAUGUGGAAAAGGUUUCAAUUCUUCCAGUACGCUUCGAAUACAUGAAAGGAUCCACACUGGAGAGAAACCCUAUAAAUGUAAACAAUGUGGUAAAGUCUUUAGUGUUGACAGUUCCCUUCGAUACCACGAAAGGAUUCACAGUGGGGAGAAACCCUAUGUAUGUAAGCAGUGUGGAAAAGCCUUCACUCGUCACACCUCCCUUCGAUGUCAUGAAAGGAUUCACUGUGGGGAGAAACCUUAUGUUUGUAAGCAAUGUGGGAAAGGUUUUAUUUCUUCCAGUAAUUUUCGAAAACAUGAAUCAACUCAUUCUGGAGAGAAACUCUGUGUAUGUAAACUAUGUGGUAAAGCCUUUACUGAUCAUAGUUCACUUCGACGACAUGAAAGAAUUCACAGUGGAGAAAAACCCUAUGUAUGUAAGCAUUGUGGAAAAGGUUUCUCUUCCUUAAGUGGUUGUCAGAGACAUGAACAAAUUCACACUGGUGAGAAACCCUAUGUCUGUAAGAAUUGUGGGAAAGCCUUCACUAAUCCCAGUGCCCUUCGAAAUCAUGAAAGGAUUCACAGUGGUGAAAAGCCCUAUGUAUGUGAGCAGUGUGGGAAGGGUUUCAUUUCUUUUAGUAAGUUUAGAAUACAUGAACGGAUUCAUACUGGAGAGAAACCAUAUAAAUGUAAACAAUGUAUGAAAGCCUUUACUGGUCACAGUUCCCUUCGACGUCAUGAAAGGAUUCACACUGGAGAGAAACCUUUUGUAUGUAAACAGUGUGGGAAAUCCUUUUAUACUUUAAGUGACUGUCAGAGACAUGAACAAAUUCACACUGGUGAGAAGCCUUACAUUUGCAAGCAAUGUGGGAAAACCUUUACUCGUUCCAGUUCCCUUAAAAUACAUGAGAAGAUUCACACUAGAAGGAAUUCCUAACCUUAAAACAUGAAAAAGUAUUUUUAACAUGGUAAUGCAUAAAACAGAACCAGUGUCAUGUCUGUGGAAAUGCCUUUAGUCAUCUUGGUUGUAUUCACAGACAUAAUAUUAUAUAUCAUAGUGAAUAAUCUUAAAUGGGUGUGCACAUGUCUUCAGUUGGCUGACCUCUAAGAAUGUACUCAGUAUCAAAACUUGUAUAGCAAAGUUAUCUGCUAUAAAACAGUUUCCAAGGUUUUGUGAAAAGAUAAUUUUUUUAUGCUUCCUUUGAAUGAGUUUGAGAAAGAAUAUUGCAUUAAUUGGUCAAUAAUUCAGAAGAUAAGUCUCUGGGAUGUAUCUAAUUUUUUACUCUUGUAAAUAAACUUUCAGAUGACUUAAUCUCUAAGGUUUCUUUAAGCAGUGGGGAAUGAAUUUAAAAGAUAGUGUCUUUUUUACUCAAGUUGUGUAUAUUUCUUUUCAUGGUGGAUCCAUAUGUAAAUCAAAUGUAUUUCUAAUGUAUU